UGGACCGUUUUUCCUCAGUGAUAGCUUUGUUUAAUUUUGCUCAAAAUGAACAGAAAAACUUUCUGAGCGUGCGUUCACAAGAAGCGCUAUUGUAAGCGAACAAAAUGGAACAAUUGUGAAAAACAGUUUAUGAAAUUAUGGAGUUUUGUCCGGAAAUUUUAAAAUUCAGUUUAAUGUUAAAUUUAUUUAUGCAGAGACUUAAAAUAAAUGUGUUUAUUCAACAAUUUAUAUCUUAUAGCGGACUACUUUCAAUGAAGUGAUUUCUUUCAGUGAAGUAUUUGCAAUUUUCAUAUAAUUGAAAAGUAUUAAUCUGGUUAAAUGCCAUGAAGUUUCUCGGACUGGCCUUUCUGGUAGCCGCUUAUCACUUCGUGCAGUCUACCAUCGAUGACAAUCCAUAUGAAGAAAUUCUGCCAAUCACGUACUUAUACAAGUCAAAUGCUAAACCAAUCAUGUGUAUAAAGUCGUGCAGAGGAAUGCCCGAUGGUGAUUACCAUUCAUGCAAAGGCUGUUUUUAUUUCGCCACGUGUACCAAUGGAUAUCUUGUGGAUGCACGGAAAUGUGCGUGGUUUGGCGGACUGCUGUGGGACGAUAUCGUAAAACGUUGUGAAUGGUCGUCGUCAACCUGCAGUCGUGUCGUAUAUAAACCUCCUAACUAUGCAACUUGUGUCAAGGAUUGUUUCCGCAUGCCGAAUGGUGAUUACCAAUCCUGUCACGGAUGUCGCGUCUUUGUAACCUGUUCCAACGGUCUAACAUACGACAAACGUCCAUGUCCGUGGUUUCUGCUGUGGGACGAUUUAAGUAAGAGGUGUUUAUGGAGGUCACGCACGUGCAUUGAACCGCUUUUGUUGUAAUCAUGUUCAUUCCUUAAUAAACUUGAAAGUAUUUUAUUAUAUGAAAAUUCAGUAUGUAGUCAUAUUUCUCAAGAAAUUAUUAUAAUAGACGUAAUCUUACCGUGCUGGUGCCAUUAGAUGACACCUCCCGACUUUUAAGGUAUGAACUGAACUCGGAGAAUAUUCUGUUUUUUAUUGUUUCCUUGAAUAUAUUUUGUUAGUCUCUAUCGUGAAGUCGUAGGAGAAACACAGAAUUGCUGUUAAACAUCUUGUGUGACCAAACUCUGUCUGCGCAUCACACAUCUCACACUUCCAUCCGCCGAAAGGAUUCUUUUUUUCAUGCGAGUCGUUCACACAUCAAGUUUUAGGCGAAAUUGUCUUUCUCUUAAAAAAUCGAUAAAAUGUGGGUGCUGUGAAUGUGACCACUUGUACAAACUUUCAGUUAAUGUAAAAUGGGCAGUGCCAAUCUUGAUCUCAUGGGCAUGACUUGAACAAACGAAGACAAACUGGACAAUGCUACAGACCAAGCAUCUAAGUUCUGGGCCUUGCGGCUUUAGAGAAAAUUUUAAAAGUUGUUCUCAUAUAAGUCUACGUAAAACAAGAGAACCCUGUUGGAGGGCAAGUUCUUAGGCAGCCAUAUCUUGAUAGUUGUAAGUCACAUUGAGUUGAUAUUUGGUAUGACUGCACAACUGACUCAUAGUUGUAACACUGCAAUUGUCUUGAAAAUCAAUUAGCAUCACCAGAGUUAUUACCCCUGAUUUCGUUAACUGCAUACAUACGAGUCGUAGUUUCCGCUGGGAAUACGAAUACGCUUAAAAUGGGUUACGCGACUUCUGGUGCUGGUGUUACACAUCAAGAUAUAUAAUAUAGAGGUAGUUGUUUUUAUGUUUGUUAAUAAUGACACAUAUAUACGACUGUUUCAGGAAAAAUGCAAAAUGCUAUUCGAAACAAAACGAAUAAAGGUCAUAUGUGUGAGAUAUCUGCUUUGUAAUUUAAGAAUCAACUCUAUUAUCACUGCUGACACAAACUGUCAAAAAAUGUGGAAUCAUGAAAAAUCCCAGAGCCUAUUUUCUGGAAAUGUGACGCUUUGAUUGUGACGUUUUAACAUUGAUUUGUGUAUAUUUAUUUUUGGGCAAGAAAACUCGUUUGUAGCCAGUGUUCUUUAAUAGCAGUUUACGGCCAAAACUAGACUGAAAAUGUAACCAGAGAUUCGGUACCAGUAGUAACCUGUUUUCCGUAAGUGUCAACUUCUCUACAUGAAUCAGAGGUGGGGAAUAAAUGAUUUUAGACACGAUGUCUUUUAUCAUAGUGAAGAUCUUACGCCUCGCCCGAGCAUUGAUCUUACGACCAUGCAAUACGAAGAUCUGCACUCUCCCUAUUAUUGCUGUUGUGUAUAUACGUGACCUCUGUAGAAACAGUUCAUCCGGAAGACCUCUUGAUUCUUGCAACAACAAUUCUUCACUAGUAAAACUCCAUAACCAUGAAGCAGGGUGGUUUAGCUACUCGGACUAUUUUUGAUCUGAGAUCAGCGUCCCCCGAGCGAAAGACUUCGAUCCGUUGAUUUUUAUCAGAACAUUUUAGACAAUAUCUAUAUUUUAGAUAUUAUAUGUACAUUUUAAAUGUUUGUAGUCACAAAUUAUUGUGUAUGAAGUUAAAUUCUUUUAAGAAUACACAUCCAAUCCGGCCCUGUAAAAUAAAUCAUCAAUGAAUAAAUAAUUUUGCAAGUCACUAAAGCCAUCAAAUGAGCAAAUUGAAUACUAGCUAAUUAAACUAGGGAAUAGGCUAGUGUGUGUUUUUAAAACUGUCGAUAAACAAAGAAUAUUUCAGGAUUACUGAUUUCAAUGCAAGUUAUCAGAAUUUCAGGGGUCAUAAUGUAAACAUUUGUAAAACAUAAUGUAAUGGUGAUUUGCAGUGAUAAAUCAUGAGUUUUAUGAAGAAAUUAAAGUAGUUCGUAGUUUUGCAAAUAAAUCUUAAUAACUAAUGUGUCA